GUGUGUGUGUGUGUGUGUGUGUGUGUGGUCUCUCUCCCUUGUAAGAACACAACUGCGGGCCUGUCUCCUGCUGUUGCUGCUGCUCUCACUAGCUUUCUGCCGCCUCUGGCCUCUCCUUUCUCUUUCUGCUUAGCUCCUUGCCUUCUGAUUCCUCUCCCAGUAUGGAGACUCAUCACUCUAUGCAGCUCUCGGGGGAACCCCAGUCGACACCUCCGGGCGACAAUUCAUCAUUACCCAGUCAAAAUGGCCUGGAGAAGCAAGAUAAUCAGGAUUCCUCCACCUCACUCCAAGCACCAGAGGAGGAGGCAGAUGUGCAGCGCCAACAAGGAGCUCAUGAUAUCUCUGAAGAGUUGAAUCAACAACUAGAAGACAUCAUCAACACCUACGGGUCUGCUGCUGGCCCAGCAGGGAAAGAGGGUCCCACCAAGGUCAAGGGGCAGCCUGAGAACCCAGAACCACCUGACAACGAGGAUGCGGAUGUUGAGGAGGCCACUGAAGAGACAGAGAGAGAACCCCUGGCUUCUGGAGAGCCACCCACAGCCAAAGAGCCUGUCAGUAAUAAAGAGCAAAAAUUGGAAAAGAAAAUCCUAAAAGGAUUAGGCAAAGAAGCCAACCUACUAAUGCAAAAUCUGAACAAGUUGCAAACCCCUGAAGAAAAGCUUGAUUUUUUAUUCAAGAAGUAUGCUGAACUGCUGGAUGAACAUCGCACUGAGCAAAAGAAGCUAAAACUCUUACAAAAGAAACAGGCACAAAUCCAGAAAGAAAAGGACCAGUUACAAGGCGAACACAGCAGAGCUGUCCUCGCCCGAAGCAAGCUGGAGAGUCUGUGCCGGGAGCUGCAGAGACACAACAAGACUCUGAAGGAGGAAACCCUUCAGCGGGCACGUGAGGAGGAGGAGAAAAGGAAGGAGAUCACAAAUCAUUUCCAGAGCACCCUGACGGAUAUCCAGGCCCAGAUUGAGCAGCAGAGUGAGCGAAAUAUGAAGCUGUGUCAGGAGAACACAGAGCUUGCAGAGAAACUGAAAAGCAUCAUUGAUCAGUACGAGCUCAGAGAGGAGCAUCUGGACAAAAUAUUUAAACACAGAGAACUACAGCAGAAGCUGGUGGACGCGAAGCUGGAGCAGGCGCAAGAAAUGAUGCAGGAAGCAGAGGAGCGACACAAACAAGAAAAGGAAUAUCUGCUGAACCAGGCGGCAGAGUGGAAGCUUCAGGCCAAAGUGCUGAAGGAACAGGAGACGGUCCUGCAGGCUCAGCUCACUCUCUACUCCGGAAGGUUUGAGGAGUUCCAGAGCACGCUGACAAAGAGCAACGAGGUGUUUGCCGCUUUCAAACAGGAAAUGGAUAAAACGACUAAGAAAAUGAAGAAGCUGGAAAAGGACACAGCCACGUGGAAAGCCCGGUUCGAGAACUGUAACAAAGCUCUGCUGGACAUGAUUGAAGAGAAAGCACUGAGAGCUAAAGAAUAUGAGUGUUUCGUGAUGAAAAUCGGGAGGCUAGAGAAUCUCUGUCGGGCUUUACAAGAAGAGAGAAAUGAACUCUACAAAAAAAUUCGAGAAGCAAAAACACCUGAGAAGGAUGACCAAGGCCAGCACAGCUCCGACGAAGAGCCUGAGUCUGCUGUUUCUAUGGGGGAAGAGGCUGAUGCCGAGGAAGCCAACAGAGUUCACGAUGCUGUGAAAAGUCUAGCCGCAGCCUUCAGGAUAAUUCAUCAUCCAGAGACGACCCUCAACCAGCCCCAAGAACUUCAGCCAGAAUUUGGCUGUCCUCAAGGGGAUGGCAACAUGGCCCUCGAGGAGCCGGGACAGCCUCCUCUGAGCCCUUUAUGCCAUUCAGAGAGUCCCCUGGCUCCGGUGAGUCCUCAGGCUGAGGCCAAAGGAGGCAGUGAGGCAGAAUCUCCCUCGAGGGCCAGUAAUCGCCCUGCAGAGUCAGGAUCAGAGGCCCAAGGCGAGGAUGUCCCAGCUGGAGCACAGGCUGAUCAGCAGCUACAGGCAGGAACUUCCAGUCAGGCACCCCAGUCCCCAGUCGAGGCUUCCCUAAAAGUCAUGGAGGCACAGGGUCCUGCUCCAACCCCCCGGGCAGGUGAGCAAAUUCCAGCGGGGGUGUGCGAUCAUGAGGCCAGCAGGCUGCCCCCAGCAGCAGCAGGAGCAGCAGAGGGACUGUCAGCUGGGCCCCAGCUACCCGCAGGGGCAGACAGCCACCUGGAAGGAAUGGACUAAGCCUCAUCGCGCCCUCAGGGGCUGUUCUUCCUGACUUCACAUCCUUCGUAACAGGUUGUCUUCUGAAAGAGGCAUUAAGGGCUAGGGAUGUCUAAUCGAAGAGACUUAAUUAGAAUCAAGACAUUUUUAAAUGUUAUGCAGAGCACAUUCAGCCUUUGCUAUUUGUUCUCAGUAUAUAAUUGAUUUGGAGCUUUUCUAUUUAAUACUGGUUGAUAGCAUAAUUUUCCCAAAUGGCAACAAAGCAUAUGAGUAGCAAAUUUAUAUUAAUUUGCCAGUAAGAUGGUACUUAAUUCAAUUUCUUAAUCAACAGUAAGAUUUGGUGUUUUAAGACUUCCACUACAAUAUAUGACUAGUGAAAAUGUGGUGUUCUAUUCAUUUUCAUAUAUAAUUUAAUAAGUACCAUAAUAAGUAAUGGAUUUCAAGGUUCCACUUAAACAUUAUAUACAUAAUAUAUACUUAUAUGUGUAUGUGUAUAUAUAUAUAUGUGUGAAUAUAUGUGUGUAAAUAUAUACAUAUAUACCCAUGUGUAUAUUUUAUACACAAACAUAUAUUCAUUAUGCAUACAUUUCUCUCAUCCCUUUUUGGAUUUCUCUCAUGCAAAAUAUUUAGAUGCUAAUCAAAAAAAUGAUCUCUUACUUGCCCCUGGUACUACAGUAGGCUAAUGCUCAGUGAAUCAGCAUAGGUUCAGAACACAAGUAUUUAGGCCAUGUAAUGUUAGGCAAAAAUAAGUAACCCAAUGGUAGGUCAAUAACUUCAACCAAUUGAUCAAAUGACGGAACAGCGGUUGGGUUAGACUGCAGUCUGUGCUGAGCACAUAGACACGAAGAUGGCCACAGAAGCCCUAAACAGAAAGGGGACAAUCUCAGCUGUAGACAGCUCACCUCUUCCAGCUGCUUCUCCUACACAACUCAGCCCGUUGCCUUGCAACCGAGCCCCUUGUGGCUUCCUGCAAGGGAAGGGUGGGAAGUGGAAAAGGGAACUGGGGCAUGCAAGGACUGAGAGGCCUCAGACUGGAAAGAGGCUAUGCUCUUGCCCCCUGCCUCGUGUGCUACAGAGGUCUUGAGACAGCACUUUCCUUGGCCCAGAGACUCUUCAGUUCCCUCCUUGUCUGUCAUCCACCACUUUCUCCAGAGGGUCCCUACCACCUCUUGCUGUCACUGCCUCAGUCUAUAUUCUCAAAGCAUCUGCUCCUUUUCCCCAGCCCCCUCCUUUGCAGCAGGAAAUUACACCCAGCCCUCAUCUCAAUUACUGCUAAGUAAAAGCUAUUAUUUUUCCAAAACAGAAAUUUACACAUGGUCUCAAUAUGAAUGAUGAGACUUAUACACCAACACAUUUUCUGCUUUGAGGAAUUCUCUACAGCCAGAAGUACAAAGCAAAGGACAAAUGGGUCCCUACUCAAAAUGACUUGAAAAACAGGUGAGAAUUCAGGAGAAGGCAAAAGCUAGGAACACCUGGGGCUGUCUGCAGGAGUGUUGCAUUAUCAGGUCUUGACAAGAACCUCUAGGAGUCCUGACAGCAUCAAUUACUCUAAGGGGAGAUUGCAACCAAGAAACAGGAAGGAAGGGAGGGAGGGAAAGGGAGAGAAGAAGGGAAGGAGGAGGGAAGAAAGAAAAACAGAUCUAAUCCAGGCCCACCUUGAAAGUGGAACUCAAGUAGAAAAAUGGGUAAAAGCAAGAUUCUCUGCUGCUCAUCCGGGAAAGCAUUCUCCAGUAUCGCCUGUGGCUGUCUGCCGAGGUGCACGAAGAGCUUGUGGGCAGCAACUCAAAACUGCACACCAGUUGUCUGAAGUAGACAGUGACGUAGUAACAAAAUGCUAGGCAGGAAAAAGGCUUAUCGCUAUUUGAGAACCUGCGUGUUUUUAAAGGCUUAAAAUAUUAUAAUCACAGGGUAUCCAGCCAAAUUCAACAUUACUGGAAAUCUUCGAGAUUUAAACAUUCAUUUAAUUCAGAGCCAAAUAUUCACCAUAACAAUCCAGGAAGUUCUGCUUUCCACUGUUUACAGAGGCGACACUUCCGAGAAUGGAGUAAGAUUAGAUAAUCACAGGGAAGCCUCAGUCUGAGUGUUUAGCAAGAGAAACAGGCAGGAGAGGAGUCGGAAUCCAGUAAAUCAAAUAUUCUAAUACCCAACGUUCAUUUUUUUCCAUCCAAAAAGCUUUGUAGCAACACAUUACUCACUACUGUGUAUGUCUUAGGCAGAGUUUCAGAUACAAUAACUUGCCUGAAAUUUGCAAAGCUUAAUAUAGGCUUUAGAAGAAUUAUUUUAAUAUUCAAAGAAUGUUUUAUUAUAGUUCUUUGUGUUAGAAUUGGGCCUUACUAAUUAUAACAAUAACUCCUAAGACCUGAAAGAAUAAAGCAUUUCUGUUCUUUAUCAAGUUCAUGUAACUAUUUCUAGUGAUGCCAAGGCUGCUUUCCAGAAACGCUAGAGUGGGUGGGAUUUUCAAAAUUAAAUAACUAUAAUUUAUGUAUCUAUUAAAAGUUACUUCUCUUCUCCAAUGCUCUAGCAGUGGUUUCAGGUUUUAAACUUUCAUUUAUAUUUCUUUUUACUUUUGUUAACUUCUUUGUUUCAACCAUACCGAUCAAAGACUAUGAUUUUAUUGUUGGUUGAAUUUUUGGUCUCUGAGUAGAAUAUACAUGGAGUGAACACUUUGAAAAUCUUGGUGUGUUUGUGUGGUAGGGGAAAGAGAAAGAAGGAGUAAGGGAGAGAGAGAGAAGGUGACUGCCCAGAGCUAAUGAGAGAGCAAAACCAGACUCUUCCGCGGAGCCAGAGCCGUCAGACAGUUCACGGGGCUCAUGUUUCUCUUCAGGACCAGGCUCCCAUGAGACUGUUUCCACAGGUUUCUCUGCCACGUGUCCUCUCAGAAAAACUCUGAGGAGUAAGGAGGGGGUGUAGAAGGUGGCAGCUCGUUUUUCUUCCUCUACCCAGUUCUUCUAACUGCUCCGAGAAUCUUCUCUAACGAGACCCAAGGAGGCCCCGUUGUUCUCCCUGUGCUCGCUGCUCCUCCUGAGCCAUCGUGAUCCAGAAGUGCUUCUGGAUCACAGCAUCUCCUAGUGUGCUUGGAGAAGAGGACUGCCCAGCUAGAAUGCAAAAAAAGUUAAACACUGCCCUGAAGGCUUUAGGAAUACUGUUUUGCUCCUUUUGCACGGUAUAGAUACACAUGUUAAAUAGCGCUUCUUUUUGAGAUAAUAAAAGCAUUAUGUGUUCAUUGAAAACUGAGCCUGCUUUGCAGUAACACUAAGAGCUCAUUAGGAGAGGAUCAUUUCAGGAAUAUCUGCUCAGGCCCUUCUCCUCUAACCAGGAGUUAAAUCCAAUAUUUAGGAAAAAUAAAAGUAAUUUAAAAUGUAAAGAAUUCAUUUAAAAGAAGAUAUGAAACAAAGAUGAUGACUCUGGUCUUUAAAAUUUGUUCCCAUCAUAAACUGGCAAGUAGGAUUCAGGAGGCAAGUGACUAUAGGGUUACAUUUUCACGAAGUUUAAAUUCUUUCCAUUCUCAUAGUUUAGAACCUGCAAAUUAAAGUUAUCGUUACGUCAACCAUGAGAGCAUUCCAUUAGAAUAGAAGCAUCCAUAAAUGAUAGUCAUGAAGAUUUUUCUCAACCCUGUUGUGUCCUCAAUACCCAAAGUGAAGUCUCCUUGGCGAUAGCCCCUGACCCAAGUUCUGCAAAUGCUGGUGCUGCGUGUGUGCGAAUGUGCACACACGUAAACACACACAUAAAACUGUGACAGAUUUACUUCUGUUCCUGUAGGGGAGUCUUUACACCUGUAUUUUCAAAGGAUACUUACUAUUGUCUUUCCUGACAAGACAAAACAUAAAAAGGAGUAAUUUCCUGUAUAAAUAGGGAUAUUUCAUAGAAACAUGUAACUAGCAAAGUAAACCUACAAAUUCAUGCAUCAUAGCACAAAAAUUAUUCACAGUAGCUCUUUCGUCCUAUCAGGAGAUGAGAAAAGAAACCAAUCACGGCAGCAGCACCAUCGAGCUUGGCUGAGUCCAAGUUCUUGUUGUUGCUGGAUUUCAGAGUCUCAGCUUUCUGUGAACCAUCAUCAACUUUGAAUUUUUUCAAAUGAUAUAUUGUAACAUCCAAUUACCUCAUGUCAUAAUUAAAACGUACCUCGUUGUAAAACUCAUUAUUUCAGAACUGACAGUCAUUGAUGACAUUUUGUCGGAUAACACAAAACCACCAUAGAAGCCAAGCAAGAAGACAUUAUGUUGAGAGAAAUGAAGAGAGAAAAAAAAGACUUUCAAUCUCAUAGCUAUUGUAUAAAAGGAAAAAUGAAAAGGUAAAACUUUAAGAUAUUAAGAGCAAUGACAGGAAGAGGCACACAAGCAGGUGGAGGCCUUUGUGAAAGCAGGACGGCAGCAGAAGGCAAGAGCCAUAAUGACGCUGGUGCUCUUCCACACCACAGCAUCAGCCUAGGGAAUUUUUACAUGUUUCUUGCUGUUAUUGCUUUAUUGACUUUAUUCUUGUUUGCUUUUCUUUUAAAAUAUUAAAUGCAUUCUUUUUAGCAUAAAAAUAAUAAAAUUACACUAUCGAGCAUUUAGAUAAUAGAGAAAAGAGAAAAAUUACCCAUAACUCCAUCAUGCUGACUUAACCACUUCAGCAUUCACUAUAUCAUAGAAUAUUUUUAACUAUCUGUCUUUUUCAUUUAACUUUAUGUUAGUUUGUCUCUGGGGGGAGGGACAGUAGUUCUGGUGAGAGUAAUAGCUAUUAAUAGCUGCCAGAUCUGAGCACUGAUACUUGUGUAUUCAAGUAUACACCCUACCAUGCAAACAUGGAAGCCUGUUCUAUUAUUUAUAGAAUAAACAUGACUCUGCAAAUACAAGCACACAGCAUCCUUAUACGCUGUGAAAGGUUAUGCCAAGCGUGGCACUGAAAUGUUCCACCCCACAUGCGGGUUUCCAAGUAAACCUACUGAACACAGCUUGGGGGAGAUGUCUGAACUUAACACAGUGCAAAAAAAAAAUCAAAACCAACUCCGGAGAAAUAUAAAUGCAGUAACUAACAAAAUAAGAGGAAAAGUCUAUGAAGUGACAGGAAAUAUGAUGAUACCAUAAAUCAUAGCAUUGGUUGAAUAAAGGUCUAUGUUCUAAAACAAA